AUGCCAGUAGCUACACCGAGACGUGCAGUACAAAUUGCUCCAGAACCGGCACCGAUGAAUCGAAGAAUUGCUCAUAUACCUCAAGCAUCAACUCCGCGACCUGAGCCAGCACCGCGGCAGCCUAGGCCGGUAGCUGCACCGAGACGUGAAGCAGAAAUUGCUCCAGAACCGGCACCGAUGAAUCGAAGAAUUGCUCAUAUACCUCAAGCAUCAACUCCGCGAACUGAGCCAGCACCGCGGCAGCCUAGGCCGGUAGCUGCAUCGAGACGUGUAGUACAAAUUGAUGCUCUCCCGCUGAGAGGAACAGCCCGUCAGCGGCUCACGAAGGCCAUGAAGACCCUGUCCACAGCGUCUUCGAGAAAGAGGCGCUAG